UGCGGACUUAUGAAUUCCAAGCAUAAAACCUCCAUACUGUUCUUCUCUCUUGCAGCUCUCGCACAUUAGCCUCUUGAAUCAUCCCUAGUCUUUUGAAUCAUGGUGACAGGAAGAACAAGCAUGGGGCGCCAAAGGAUUGAGAUGAGAAGGAUUGCAAGAUAUUCUUCUAGGCAUGUAACAUUUUCUAAGCGCCGUUCAGGGCUGUUUAAAAAAGCCAGUGAGCUCUGCACCUUAACUGGUGCCGAGGUUGGCAUCGUGGUUUUCUCUCCGUCGGGCAAUGCAUUCUCAUUUGGACACCCAUCUGUGGAUUAUGUUGUCCAUAGGUUUCUUUCGGAGAACUUCCCACAGAUGUCGGAGGGAAGUGUUUUCUCCCUCGUCGAUGGCUACUGUCGAGCCAAUGUCGAGGAGCUGACCUGGGAGUACUCUGAGCUUCUUGUCCAGCUUGAUGAGGAGAAGAAGAAGAGUGAAGAACUGGACAGGGUACGGGAUAACCUUGAGAGUACUCCAUGGUGGGAAGCCCCCAUCGACAACCUCAACUUGUCUGAGCUCCAGUGCUUGACAGACGCAUUGGCUGAACUGAAGAUACGCUUAACCGAGCAAGCUACGCAGAUGGUAGCCCAGGUUCCUAAUCCUUCACCUUUGUUGGCCGGGAGUUCUGUUGGAGCGGCUGAUCUUCCCUCUACAUCCCAAACAACCAUGAACGAUGAUGCUCUUACUGGUCCUCCGGCUUGUGGGUUUAAAUUCUGGAAUGGGGUUAGACCUGAGCCUUUCUAAAUUUCUCUCCUGUUUGGUAUCUAUGUUCUUGUUUUUCUUAUUCUGAUUAAAAAAUAAUGGGUAAUAAGUAAUAAAAAAAUCUGUAUUGGGACUAUGUUUUUUAUUUCUUUGAUCUAAGUCUUUUUCUGCAGUGUUUGGUAUGAUUAAGAGCGUAUCGGACAUGGUUUCUAUUCCUUUUAUCUGUGUCUCGUUUUUGCAAGUGUUUGGUAUGAUUUAGAGCCAUUAUUUCUUAUAAUAGGAAUUGCUACUAGGAUCUAUGCCCUACGCACCAAAGCAAGGGCCAAAGAGAUCAUACGGGAGCAUAAAUAGAGGUGAGAUUCUCACAUUUCAUGGGUGCAGGCGUUAUAGAGCUUGCAGCUUGGCAAACAUCUUUUUAGCUUCUUAUCAAUAAGGGGGAAAGUAAUGCUCCUAGGUUAUGCAACUGUUGCACUAGUAUAGAGGCCAAUGAGAGGGUGCACAUAGGCAAACAACAUGGGGUGUGGUCAUCAUUUCAUCCCUUUCUGUCUGGUCGUAGGGCCUACAUGACUAAGGAUGACCCAUUUUUAUUUGAGAUAGAAAUCAUUUAUGCUACUCAUACACAAGCUUCUAACUUAGUGGGAGGUAGUUAGGCAAUUGAGCUCUAGCAGAAAGUUGCUGACUAGUCCGACCUUCCAACCACCCCCUACUCUUUUUGAAAAAUAGAGAUUGGAUCCGAUGCUCGUAUGAUUACCUAGUUGUAAAGGUGAGCGUCCAAUAUCUGUUCCAUUUUCUACCAUUACAUGGCUGGAGAGGUGAUCAUACGAGCAACGGAACCAUUCGCUGAAAAAUACUAAUCGAUGGCUGAAAUGUUGAACCAACCCGGUCUACCAAUCCACUGGUUCAAUAAAUUAGUUCAGCCUUUCAGCAUAAUUCUAAGGUUUCAUCCAAAACAAGGGUGCUUUUCUAGUGACGAGUAUCCAAAAUCCGAACAGCUCAGAUGGUGGUUACGGAAACCCUUCGUCGCAAGCACGCGGCGUCGCGGCGAACAUUUUUUCCUUUUCUCGAAACUCGAAGCCCUGCUAUGACGCGGUAUUUCCAUUUUACUUGCAAAAAAAAAAAAGGCAUUGUGAUAAGCUACUCCUUGGGACACCGAAAUAUCAUGUUUCUUAUAUUCUCCUGUUAAUAAGAAGUAUCAUUUCUCAGGCACCGAAGAACCACAAUAUCAUUCCUUCCUUUCAAGAAACACUAGAAAAAUAAGAAAGGAAGGUCCAGUAGGAUCCUAUAAAUAAUGGGUUGCCAGUUUCUCCUCCCCAAACAAGGAAAGUAACUAUUGCUUCUAAGAUCGCUCAUGGGCGGUGAUACAUGGGCUGUGUUCUAAGGAUCUAACAGAUCUUAUUUCUUCCCUCUUUGAUUUGUUUCUAAUUUCUUAUCUUCCUUAGUUUCUUCUUUUCUUCACAGUAUUGUUACCUUUCAGAAGAAAAGAAUAAAUUAGCAUCAGAGUGAGAGACACAGCGACCGAGAGAAGACAAGACAAGACAAGACAAGAGAGAUGGGAAAGUAUGGGCCGAUGCUAGACGCUGGGGUGAGGAUCGUAGCUCGCUUCCAUUCUCACUGUCCUCAGACAGCCAGGAUGUACUACCACCCUCCAUCCAACCCUGACGACAACAACCACCACCACCAAGACAACCUCUCUCAUUGCGACGGGGGCGCCACCACCACCGGGAAAGACAUGGCUCUCAAAGUCUCGCCCAGGUUGGGUAGUUCCGGUUUGAAUGUUGUGGGUGUCGACACUAGUUAUUUCAUUCUUUAUUCCAUUAUUUUAUGACUCAAUACCAGUGAAGGAAACAAAGAAAGAAGAGAUCAUUGUUUGAGAAGAAGGUUUUAUCAAAGUGAUUUUUACCCCUUUUCCA